AGUGUUUGAUUCCUGUUUGUGAAGACAGUUAUACUUUCGCCCAAGAAUCAGUAUAUUUUUUUAACAAACGCAUUUCAUCUACACUUUCAUCAAUAUCCCAAGAAUUCCUUCAAGUAAACAAGCAUGGAAAAUCAAAACACAACACAAGUUUUAACCUUUGAGCAGGUUUCACGACUUCAAAACGUCCUUAACCAAGUUGUUCAAGUCCACGGCCGAGGGAACUUUCCAACUCUCGAUGUCCAUUUGAGAAGUCUUAUUGAAACGGUGUCCUUUGGACUGAAAAAAGAGGGGUUGAAAAUCAAAGACAUUCGCCUGAAUGGCAGCACGGCAAGUUAUAUUUUGAGCAAGGAUAACAUCACAGCGUAUAAUGACAUUGACUUGAUCUUUGGUGUCGAGAUUCGUUCGCAUUCGCAUCUUCAGCAAAUCAAGACUGUGGUACUUUCGUCUCUCAUAGACUUCUUGCCAAACGGUGUCUCCAAGGACAAGAUGUCCAGUUGUACACUCAAGGAAGCUUACGUUCAGAAAAUGGUGAAAGUUUCGAAUGACAACGAUCGAUGGUCCCUCAUUUCUCUCUCGAACAACGAGGGGAAAAAUAUCGAACUGAAGUUCGUCGACAACAUGCGUCGGCAGUUUGAGUUCUCCGUCGACUCGUUUCAAAUUAAGCUGGAUUCCUUGGUGGGAUUUUACAAACUUUCUACCGUUCCUAUGCAGUCUAAUUUCUUUCCAACCGUCGUUGCUGAAUCCGUGUAUGGUGACAUCAAGCUAGCACUGUUUCACUUAGAUAACCAACUCAUCGCUACCCGAAAUCCCGAAGAAAUUCGUGGCGGUGGGCUUCUAAAAUACUGCAACCUUCUCGUACGAAAUUAUAUUCCAGAAAACAUAAAUGAAAUUCACAUGCUCGAAAGAUACAUGUGUAGUAGAUUCUUUAUAGACUUUGGUGAUAUCGAACAACAGCGACAAAAAUUGGAAAGCUAUAUGGCCAGCCAUUUCAUUGGCGAAGACCACACCAAGUACCAGUAUUUGAUGAUAUUAUAUUCAAUCGUUUCCAACUCCACUGUUUGCCUGAUGGGACAUGAAAGACGACAGACUCUAAGGCUGAUUACCAACCUUGCUAAAUCCUACUAUCCCAAUGGAUUUGGAUACUGUGAUGGUUUUGGGACGGUAUGUUAUGGAAGCCCCAACGGAUAUAUGUACACUUCCCCACCAAGUGAUGCACAGAGCUGGAACCCUUACCAAGGGAAUUUAGUACAGUGUUACUAACUGGGCAGCCUAAAGAUGGCUCAAAAGACGGGCAGAAAAACUUCAAAACAAAAGACAAAAAAAUAUUAAUAUGACAAUUCAAAUAUCAUGCGAGUACGACCGUGUGUUUAUAGAGUUUUAUUUUGUAGAGAAUAUGCUAGCUUCACGGACGUAUGCAACUCAAACGUAUAUAUAUUUGUAUUAUCUCGUACUUAUUAUAAAUAUUAUGAAGAUCGUUUAACUUUCUAUUCCAUUCACCUGCAGAAACCCAAAAUCAAUCAUUAAUGUAUAUAUUAAAAAAAAGAAAAAAAGAAAAUGCUGGGAUAUAUUACUGUUCAAACUUGGAAUCUUGAGUUUGAGCAGUUUUCAAGCGCUGAGGUGAUUGAAAUUCGAGACUGUAAUCGUUUUACGAUAUUUAAAAACAUUUCGUAAUCUGGUCUCGGCGUUCAUCUUGAACAACAAUAAAAAUUAAGACAUUAUAUUUUGCUUGAAUACUACAAAUCUAAAUUUAAAAGGGUUUAGUCAAAUAGUGAUCAGUGCAAUAAAAUAUUUUUCCUAAACGUC